AACGUCGUCUUCACUCGUUAAAACCAGUUUCCUCUCCCUCACAUCACACACACACACAGUUCUCAAAAAAUGGAUCUCCGAGAAUCAAUCGAAACCCAAACCGACGUUUCCCUCACCAUCGCCAAACUCCUGUUCUCGAAACAUUCCAAGGACAAGAACGCCGUGUUUUCUCCCUUGUCCCUCCACGUCGUGCUCAGCAUCCUCGCCGCCGGUUCAGAGGGCCCCACACUCCACCAGCUUCUCACCUUCCUCCGAUCCAACUCCACCGACCACCUCAACUCCUUCGCCUCUCAGCUCGUCUCCGUCGUGCUCUCCGAUGCUUCUUCCGUAGGCGGCCCUCGUCUCUGUUUCGCCGACGGUGUUUGGGUUGAACAGUCUCUCACUCUGAACCCUUCCUUCAAACAACUCGUCACUGCUGAUUACCACGCUGCUUUAGCCUCUGUUGAUUUCCAAACUAAGGCUGUGGAAGUGGCCAAUGAAGUUAAUGCAUGGGCUGAGAAAGAGACAAAUGGUCUUGUCAAAGAUCUUCUUCCUGCUGGGUCAGUUGAUGCCUCAACCAGGCUCAUCUUUGCAAAUGCAUUGUAUUUCAAAGGUGCAUGGACUGAGAAGUUUGAUGCUUCAAUGACUAAAGACUGUGAUUUUCACCUUCUUGAUGGCACCUCAGUCAAGGUUCCCUUCAUGGUCAGCAAGAAGAAGCAGUUCAUUGGUGCUUUUGAUGGUUUCAAGGUUCUUGGUCUUCCUUAUAAGCAGGGUGACGAUAAGCGUCAGUUCUCCAUGUACUUGUUUCUUCCGGAUGCAAAAGAUGGGCUGUCGGCUUUGAUUGAGCAGGUGGCUUCGAAACCCGGGUUUCUGAAGCGAAAUCUUCCUGCUCAUAAAGUGGAAGUAGGCGACUUCAGGAUUUCCCGAUUCAAAAUUUCGUUCGGGUUUGAAACUUCUGAUGUUUUGAAGGAGCUGGGAGUGGUUUUGCCUUUCUCAAAUGAUGCACAUUUGACAAAAAUGGUGGACUCUUCUACUGUUGGUCAAGGCCUAUAUGUGUCCAACAUAUUUCACAAGUCUUUCAUUGAAGUAAAUGAAGAAGGCACUGAAGCUGCAGCAGCCAGUGCUGUAACUAUAAAAUUGAGGAGUUUGCAAGUACUGACGAGGGUAGAUUUCGUAGCUGACCACCCCUUCUUGUUCGUGAUCAGAGAAGAUUUGACCGGAACAGUACUAUUUACAGGGCAGGUGCUCAAUCCACUUGCUGGGUGAUAUUAGCUGCCAUACUGGAGAACAUGUAAUAACUUUGUUAGUGAGACUUCAGCCCUUCCUUUGCUGUCUUGUAUUUCUUAUGUUCCUGUUAUCAGAAAUGGUUUGAUACGUGAUUUAGGAAAAUGAUACACAUGGAUCAGCGUUGUAUACUUUAAUUUUCAUUGGUAAUCGUUUGUACUUACUAGUAUAGGAUCUUAUGUACUUACCUCUUCUAAGGGUUCUGCGAAUAGCUUACUAUUAAACUUUCAAUUCGAUAGUAAAACAAUAAUGAAGUUGAUAAUGUGAUUUGAAGUAGAGGAAAGUCCAGAAUUUGUUAAUGUAUUUCAUGAAUAUUUUGAACUGCA